CAACGCCCGACCGCCGCCCCGCUCGAUGACGAACAACCCGUUCAUCGACCAGUCCUCCAGCGCCUACGCCCGCUUCCCCGACAUCUCUGCCGGCUCGCCACCACAACUCGCCCAGAGCCAGUACACCUCCUGGGCCGCCCAGCAGCAGCCCGGCUCCCCCGCCGGCCCCGUCAAUGGCUACCCGACAUACCAGCUCGCGGCCCAGCCGACGACGGGCUACGUGUCGGCGCCGUACCACCAGCAGCAGCAGCAACCGAGCUGGGGGUACGGCAUGCAGCCGCAGAUGACGGGCAUGGCGUACUCGCCCGCGCCCGAUCCGGGCGUGUAUCAGCAGCAGCAACAGCACGCGCUGGGGUACGGAUUGCCCCAGCAGCAGCAGCCACAAUAUACCGGGUACCCCGCCGGCGCGAGCCCGUACGGGAUGUACCAGCCGGGGUACAACAACGCGCCACAACCCCCCCAGGGGCCCUCGUACCCCGCCGAAUUCGACCCGUACGCCCCGCAACCACAACAAUCCCAGCCCCAACCCCAGCACGCGCGCUCGUCCUCCGGCUCCUCGUGGAAGGCGACGCACCCGCGCGAGUACAUCCGCCAGAACAAGCCCGCGCUGGAGGGCUGGGACGCGUACGCGUGGCGCCAGCUCGAGGGCGCGUGCGACGCGCUCAAGGACGCGUGGGCCGAGCGCCGCGGGGAGCUCCAGGGGCGCAUUGGCGUCCUUGGCGGCGGCGGGCAGGGGUGGUAUGGCGUCGACCAGGAGAGGGCAAGGCUGCAGGGGCUGUUGAAGGAGGCGGAUAGCUACUACGACGCGAUCGCGGCGUCGGCGUUCCAGCUGCGCGAGGUCUUCACGGGCUACCGCCAGUCGAGCGACAUGGCGAGCCGGCAGCGCGUGCGCGAGGCGGUCAACGCCGCCGUCGCGAACAUGCCCGACUGGCCGUCCAAGGUGUAUUAA